GGGAGAGAGGUAGUAGAGACACACCUCAAAGUCGGUGGAAUGAAUCAGUCAAGCUUAAAUAGACUGACAGCUCGGAGUUGUGCAUUCACACAAUGACGAUCACGGAAUGGCUCCACGUAUUGCCGCUACUAAGCCUUUUCACUGCAAAUUCACAUGCUCAGCUGGAUGUAUGUGGUAUCGCUUCACUGAACACCAGGAUAGUCGGAGGUGAAAAUGCUCCAGAAGGAAGUUGGCCUUGGCAGGCCAGCCUGCAGGAAUCUGACAGCCAUGUUUGUGGUGGUUCUCUCAUAAACAAAGAGUGGGUGUUGUCUGCUGCCCACUGCUUCUCCAGCACAAGCACCCUUGGAUGGUCAGUUUCUCUCGGUCUUCAGAACCUGCAGGGCAGCAACCCAAACGAAGUGUCCAGAACAGUUGACACAAUCAUUUUGCAUCCAGACUUUGACAGUUCCAGCUUCAACAACGACAUCGCCCUGCUCAGACUUUCCUCAGCAGUCCCAUUCACAGCCUACAUCAGACCUGUGUGUCUGGCAGCCAGUAGCAGUGAGUUCCACAAUGGUACCGAUAGCUGGGUCACUGGCUGGGGAACGGUCCAGGAGGGAGUGUCCCUCCCAUUCCCUCAAACGCUACAAGAAGUGGAGGUGCCAGUUGUGGGAAACAGACAGUGUAACUGCCUGAAUGGAGUAGGUUCAGUCACAGAUAACAUGAUCUGUGCUGGUGUUUUGGAAGGAGGGAAAGAUGCUUGUCAGGGGGACUCGGGAGGUCCCAUGAUGAGCCAGCAGGAUUCCAUCUGGGUCCAGUCCGGAAUUGUCAGUUUUGGAUUUGGCUGUGCUAGACCUAAUCUGCCGGGGGUUUAUGCCAGAGUAUCAAGUUACCAAUCCUGGAUCAACUCCCAUAUCAGUUCGGAUAAACCAGGCUUUGUCCACUUCAACUCCAGUGGGCUGGAUUCUGACAGCAACUACACAUGUCCUGGUCUACCACCUCCCAUUAUGCCGACUGAAGGACUAGUAACAACGGCAGAUCCAGGACCCAGUGUCUCAAGUGCUGAAUUGUGCGGCAUCCAAUCAGGAAAGACAAAGAUAGUUGGAGGUGAAGACGCUCGAGAAGGAAGUUGGCCUUGGCAGGCCAGUCUGCAGAAUUUCGGCCAUGUUUGUGGUGGUUCUCUCAUAAACAAAGAGUGGGUGUUGUCUGCUGCCCACUGCUUCUCCAGCACAAGCACCCUUGGAUGGUCAGUUUUUCUCGGUCUUCAGAACCUGCAGAGCAGCAACCCAAACCAAGUGUCCAGAACAGUUGACACAAUCAUUUUGCAUCCAGACUUUGACAGUUCCAGCUUCAACAACGACAUCGCCCUGCUCAGACUUUCCUCAGCAGUCCCAUUCACAGCCUACAUCAGACCUGUGUGUCUGGCAGCCAGUAGCAGUGAGUUCCACAAUGGUACCGAUAGCUGGGUCACUGGCUGGGGAACGGUCCAGGAGGGAGUGUCCCUCCCAUUCCCUCAAACGCUACAAGAAGUGGAGGUGCCAGUUGUGGGAAACAGACAGUGUAACUGCCUGAAUGGAGUAGGUUCAGUCACAGAUAACAUGAUCUGUGCUGGUGUUUUGGAAGGAGGGAAAGAUGCUUGUCAGGGGGACUCAGGAGGUCCCAUGAUGAGCCAGCAGGAUUCCAUCUGGGUCCAGUCCGGAAUUGUCAGUUUUGGAUUUGGCUGUGCUAGACCUAAUCUGCCGGGGGUUUAUGCCAGAGUAUCAAGUUACCAAUCCUGGAUCAACUCCCAUAUCAGUUCGGAUAAACCAGGCUUUGUCCACUUCAACUCCAGUGGGCUGGAUUCUGACAGCAACUACACAUGUCCUGGUCUUCCUCUUCCUGGUACAGCGGUUACUCCUACUGCAGAACCAGGGCCCAGCAUGUCAAGUGCUGAAUUGUGUGGCAUCAUUCCAUCAAACACAAAAAUAGUCGGAGGUGGAGAUGCUGAAGAAGGAAGUUGGCCUUGGCAGGCCAGUCUGCAGAAUUUCGGCCAUGUUUGUGGUGGUUCUCUCAUAAACAAAGAGUGGGUGUUGUCUGCUGCCCACUGCUUCUCCAGCACAAGCACCCUUGGAUGGUCAGUUUUUCUCGGUCUUCAGAACCUGCAGGGCAGCAACCCAAACGAAGUUUCCAGAACAGUUGACACAAUCAUUUUGCAUCCAGACUUUGACAAUUCCAGCUUCAACAACGACAUCGCCCUGCUCAGACUUUCCUCAGCAGUCCCAUUCACAGCCUACAUCAGACCUGUGUGUCUGGCAGCCAGUAGCAGUGAGUUCCACAAUGGUACCGAUAGCUGGGUCACUGGCUGGGGAACGGUCCAGGAGGGAGUGUCCCUCCCAUUCCCUCAAACGCUACAAGAAGUGGAGGUGCCAGUUGUGGGAAACAGACAGUGUAACUGCCUGAAUGGAGUAGGUUCAGUCACAGAUAACAUGAUCUGUGCUGGUGUUUUGGAAGGAGGGAAAGAUGCUUGUCAGGGGGACUCAGGAGGUCCCAUGAUGAGCCAGCAGGAUUCCAUCUGGGUCCAGUCCGGAAUAGUCAGUUUUGGAUUUGGCUGUGCUAGACCUAAUCUGCCGGGGGUUUAUGCCAGAGUAUCCCGCUAUCAAUCCUGGAUCAACUCCCAUAUCAGUUCGGAUAAACCAGGCUUUGUCCACUUCAACUCCAGUGGGCUGGAUUCUGACAGCAACUACACAUGUCCUGGUCUUCCUCUUCCUGGUACAGCAGUUACUCCUACUGCAGAACCAGGCCCCAGCAUGUCAAGUGCUGAAUUGUGUGGCAUCAUUCCAUCAAACACAAAAAUAGUCGGAGGUGGAGAUGCUGAAGAAGGAAGUUGGCCUUGGCAGGCCAGUCUGCAGAAUUUCGGCCAUGCUUGUGGUGGUUCUCUCAUAAACAAAGAGUGGGUGUUGUCUGCUGCCCACUGCUUCUCCAGCACAAGCACCCUUGGAUGGUCAGUUUUUCUCGGUCUUCAGAACCUGCAGGGCAGCAACCCAAACGAAGUGUCCAGAACAGUUGACACAAUCAUUUUGCAUCCAGACUUUGACAAUUCCAGCUUCAACAACGACAUCGCCCUGCUCAGACUUUCCUCAGCAGUCCCAUUCACAGCCUACAUCAGACCUGUGUGUCUGGCAGCCAGUAGCAGUGAGUUCCACAAUGGUACCGAUAGCUGGGUCACUGGCUGGGGAACGGUCCAGGAGGGAGUGUCCCUCCCAUUCCCUCAAACGCUACAAGAAGUGGAGGUGCCAGUUGUGGGAAACAGACAGUGUAGCUGCCUGAAUGGAGUAGGUUCAGUCACAGAUAACAUGAUCUGUGCUGGUGUUUUGGAAGGAGGGAAAGAUGCUUGUCAGGGGGACUCGGGAGGUCCCAUGAUGAGCCAGCAGGAUUCCAUCUGGGUCCAGUCCGGAAUUGUCAGUUUUGGAUUUGGCUGUGCUAGACCUAAUCUGCCGGGGGUUUAUGCCAGAGUAUCAAGUUACCAAUCCUGGAUCAACUCCCAUAUCAGUUCGGAUAAACCAGGCUUUGUCCACUUCAACUCCAGUGGGCUGGAUUCUGACAGCAACUACACAUGUCCUGGUCUUCCUCUUCCUGGUACAGCGGUUACUCCUACUGCAGAAUCAGGGCCCAGCAUGUCAAGUGCUGAAUUGUGUGGCAUCAUUCCAUCAAACACAAAAAUAGUCGGAGGUGGAGAUGCUGGAGAAGGAAGUUGGCCUUGGCAGGCCAGUCUGCAGAAUUCCGGCCAUGCUUGUGGUGGUUCUCUCAUAAACAAAGAGUGGGUGUUGUCUGCUGCCCACUGCUUCUCCAGCACAAGCACCCUUGGAUGGUCAGUUUUUCUCGGUCUUCAGAACCUGCAGAGCAGCAACCCAAACCAAGUGUCCAGAACAGUUGACACAAUCAUUUUGCAUCCAGACUUUGACAGUUCCAGCUUCAACAACGACAUCGCCCUGCUCAGACUUUCCUCAGCAGUCCCAUUCACAGCCUACAUCAGACCUGUGUGUCUGGCAGCCAGUAGCAGUGAGUUCCACAAUGGUACCGAUAGCUGGGUCACUGGCUGGGGAACGGUCCAGGAGGGAGUGUCCCUCCCAUUCCCUCAAACGCUACAAGAAGUGGAGGUGCCAGUUGUGGGAAACAGACAGUGUAACUGCCUGAAUGGAGUAGGUUCAGUCACAGAUAACAUGAUCUGUGCUGGUGUUUUGGAAGGAGGGAAAGAUGCUUGUCAGGGGGACUCAGGAGGUCCCAUGAUGAGCCAGCAGGAUUCCAUCUGGGUCCAGUCCGGAAUUGUCAGUUUUGGAUUUGGCUGUGCUAGACCUAAUCUGCCGGGGGUUUAUGCCAGAGUAUCUCGCUACCAAUCCUGGAUCAACUCCCAUAUCAGUUCGGAUAAACCAGGCUUUGUCCACUUCAACUCCAGUGGGCUGGAUUCUGACAGCAACUACACAUGUCCUGGUCUUCCUCUUCCUGGUACAGCGGUUACUCCUACUGCAGAACUGGAGCCCGGCAUGUCAAGUGCUGAAUUGUGUGGCAUCAUUCCAUCAAACACAAAAAUAGUCGGAGGUGGAGAUGCUGAAGAAGGAAGUUGGCCUUGGCAGGCCAGUCUGCAGAAUUUCGGCCAUGUUUGUGGUGGUUCUCUCAUAAACAAAGAGUGGGUGUUGUCUGCUGCCCACUGCUUCUCCAGCACAAGCACCCUUGGAUGGUCAGUUUUUCUCGGUCUUCAGAACCUGCAGAGCAGCAACCCAAACGAAGUGUCCAGAACAGUUGACACAAUCAUUUUGCAUCCAGACUUUGACAGUUCCAGCUUCAACAACGACAUCGCCCUGCUCAGACUUUCCUCAGCAGUCCCAUUCACAGCCUACAUCAGACCUGUGUGUCUGGCAGCCAGUAGCAGUGAGUUCCACAAUGGUACCGAUAGCUGGGUCACUGGCUGGGGAACGGUCCAGGAGGGAGUGUCCCUCCCAUUCCCUCAAACGCUACAAGAAGUGGAGGUGCCAGUUGUGGGAAACAGACAGUGUAGCUGCCUGAAUGGAGUAGGUUCAGUCACAGAUAACAUGAUCUGUGCUGGUGUUUUGGAAGGAGGGAAAGAUGCUUGUCAGGGGGACUCAGGAGGUCCCAUGAUGAGCCAGCAGGAUUCCAUCUGGGUCCAGUCCGGAAUUGUCAGUUUUGGAUUUGGCUGUGCUAGACCUCAUCUGCCGGGAGUUUAUGCCAGAGUAUCUCGCUACCAAUCUUGGAUCAACUCCUAUAUCAGUUCCGAUAAACCAGGCUUUGUCCACUUCAACUCCAGUGGGCUGGACUCUGACAGCAACUACACAUGUCCUGGUCUUCCUCUUCCUGGUACAGCGGUUACUUCUACUGCAGAACCAGGGCCCAGCAUGUCAAGUGCUGAAUUGUGUGGCAUCAUUCCAUCAAACACAAAAAUAGUCGGAGGUGGAGAUGCUGAAGAAGGAAGUUGGCCUUGGCAGGCCAGUCUGCAGAAUUUCGGCCAUGCUUGUGGUGGUUCUCUCAUAAACAAAGAGUGGGUGUUGUCUGCUGCCCACUGCUUCUCCAGCACAAGCACCCUUGGAUGGUCAGUUUUUCUCGGUCUUCAGAACCUGCAGAGCAGCAACCCAAACCAAGUGUCCAGAACAGUUGACACAAUCAUUUUGCAUCCAGACUUUGACAGUUCCAGCUUCAACAACGACAUCGCCCUGCUCAGACUUUCCUCAGCAGUCCCAUUCACAGCCUACAUCAGACCUGUGUGUCUGGCAGCCAGUAGCAGUGAGUUCCACAAUGGUACCGAUAGCUGGGUCACUGGCUGGGGAACGGUCCAGGAGGGAGUGUCCCUCCCAUUCCCUCAAACGCUACAAGAAGUGGAGGUGCCAGUUGUGGGAAACAGACAGUGUAACUGCCUGAAUGGAGUAGGUUCAGUCACAGAUAACAUGAUCUGUGCUGGUGUUUUGGAAGGAGGGAAAGAUGCUUGUCAGGGGGACUCAGGAGGUCCCAUGAUGAGUCAGCAAAAUUCCAUCUGGGUCCAGUCCGGAAUAGUCAGUUUCGGAUAUGGCUGUGCUAGACCUAAUCUGCCGGGAGUUUAUGCCAGAGUAUCUCGCUACCAAUCCUGGAUCAACUCCCAUAUCAGUUCCGAUAAACCAGGUUUUGUCCACUUCAACUCCAGUGGGCUGGAUUCUGACAGCAACUACACAUGUCCUGGUCUACCACCGCCUGUUACUAGUGGUACCAUUACUGCAGGACCAGUGCCCAGCACCCAAAGUACUGUAUCAACAACUUCCCAACCAGCAACUCCCCAACCAGCAACUCCCCAACCAGCAACUCCAAGUCCUGCUGAGGAAGUGUGCGGCACAGCUCCUUUGAACACUCGUGUAGAUGGUGACCGUGGAGUUGUACCAGGAGGAACCUGGCCUUGGGUGGUUCGUCUCCACAAAAGCGGGUCCUUCGCUUGUGGAGGAUCGCUCAUCACUUCCACAUUCAUUCUCACUUCCGCUGAAUGUUUCUCUGGCUCCAAUCCAACUGCCAGUGACUGGACGGCGUAUUUGGGUCCGAAACUUGUCGAUGGCAUAGAGGAGUUUGAAAUGACUAUGAACAUUGAAAAGAUUACAAUGAGCGAAAUGACAGGUUUCAAUAUUGCGGUGCUGCAACUCACAAAAGCAGUCAGCUUCAGUGAUUACAUCCAGACGGUGUGUUUGGACAUCACCGAUGCAACAACCUUCCCUGUUGGAACUCGCUGUUGGGUUGCCGGAUGGGGGCAGGUGACUAAACAGAAAAGCGAUGCAAGAGCUGAUGAAAGUCUAAGAGACCUUGAGACUGGAGUAAUAAGUUGCAAUAGUGCUGAUCAGGACAACAUUUGUACUCCUAGCUUGGACAUUCAACAGAGGGAUGAGGGUGGUCCGCUGCUCUGCAAGUCAGAUUCAUCUUGGUUCCAGGUGGCCGUUGUUACAGCAAGUCAAAGUCAAUCCCUCCGCAACGACAUUCAGAUCUUUUCCAGGACCAUGCGUUUUGGAUCAUUCUUGAAGGAAACGGUUGGUGAUUUGCCAUCUCCAGAACCUUCUUCGUCAGCAGGUGCACCACUUUGCUAUGGGUCCCUGGUCCUAUGUUUCUUUGGGACUUUGACAUCAAGCUACCUGGUGCUGUAUCAUGGAACUGCUUGAGACUAUUCUUUGACCUUCAACCUCCUAGUAGUUAAAGCGCUGAAGAUACAUUUCCACCAUGCAUCAUUGUUACAUUGUUGUAGACUCCUAUAGAACAGCUAUACACAAUAACUCGCACAGAAAGCUUCCUAGAUCUUCUAGAAUCUGCACCUAUUCCAACUGUAUUUGUUUGGAUUUUUUGCUUCCCAUGAAAACAGUGUUUUAAUGUAUCACGCCUGUGAUUGGUCACACUCCUAAGUGCUCUGGAUUUUCUUUGCCACCCUUCAACAUCCUAGUAGUUAAAGCGCUGAAGAUACAUUCCCAUAAUGCAUCAUUGUUACAUUGUUGUAGACUCCUAUAGAGCAGCUAUACACAAUAACCCACACGGAAAGCUUCCGAGAUCUUCUAGAAUCUGCGCCUAUUCCAACUGUAUUUGUUUGGAUUUUGUGCUUCCCAUGAAAACAGUCUGUUUUAAUGUAUAUUACACCUGUGCUUGGUCACACUCCCAAGUGCUCAUGAGGACUUCAGAAUAGCCGCUGAACCCAACUUCAUAGGAGUUGGUAAUGAAUGGCGAUUUAUCUUUUUAAAGUGUCCGCUACAUACAGCUGUAUGUGUUGGAUCCCGAUCCGAUCCGGAAGUAGAGAGUGGACAUUCCGAAGUUGCUCAAGAAAAGGUUACUUAAUGACUGACGUCUCUGAAUGGUAAUUAGCUUUAGCAUUUUAGCGUUUUCUACAGCAUUUUAAAAUGUCUUUUUUUUUACUGUUUAAAUUUAGCAAGUUUCUAUUUUUCAUCAUUAUAUUUGUAAUAGUUAGCCAAUACAAAAUACUUAUAUGUUUACUUACUAACUUAAUAAUACUUUUUUUAUGAUCGAUGCUACUAUGCAAUUCUAUACCAGUGCAAACUCCAAGCACAAUAGUUCACCUCUCACAGGGCAUUUUCAUUAAAAUACUAAUUUUCAUAAAUAACAUAUUUCAAUUUAAAAUUACUCUUAUAAAUGUAUUAUAAAUGUUUAUUUACAUUUGCCAUAUUAAUAUCAGGAAGUAGAGACGAAGUUGCUCAAUUAAAGGUUACUUUAAGACGUCUCUGAAUGGUAAUUAGCUUUAGCAUUUUAGCGUUUUCGACAGCAUCGGUAACGUGUAAAGUGAUCAUUACGUGUUUUUUGCGGGACUACCAGUGUUAGUGUUACUAGGUUAGACCCACUCAUUGUAGUAGGAAUGAACUGUUCAUUCAUUUUAUUAAAAGUUUAAGUCCAAAA